UCUAAAAUCCUAUCCUACGUGGUAUCCCCCCCCUCCAAAAACCCCACCACCCUAUAGAUUUCUGCCCUUUCAUUCUCUGUUUCUGUUCUUAUAUUUUCCCUUCAUUCAGUUUAUAUUCUUCCCUGUUUACACUACUGUGUAUAUUUCACCAUUUUUUUCUAUUCUGAGAUCUUCUUCUCUGUAUAUUUUCUUUUGGCUUUUUUCACUUCUCAAAGUUUUUUUUUUGGUAACAAGAGAAGUGAAGCUAAAACACCCACCUUUUUCUUCUUUUUUGACCAAUCUAGCUUUGAUUUUUUGAGAUUCUUGCAGCUAUGGUUGCUGAGGCACUGAAUCAAGAUGAGGGGGCUCGGCGUGGUGGCUCAUCUAUGAUUAGCUCAAAGUUGGAAACUGUGGCUACUCAGGGAAAGGCCUUAACAUGUCUUGCCAAUGAAAUUACACUAAAGGUUAGGAAGCCUUAUACCAUUACCAAACAAAGAGAGAAAUGGACAGAGGAAGAACACCAGAGAUUUGUUGAAGCCUUAAAGCUGUAUGGCCGUGCUUGGCGCCAAAUAGAAGAACAUGUUGGCACCAAGACUGCAAUUCAGAUUCGUAGUCAUGCACAGAAAUUUUUUGCCAAGGUUGCUCGGGAUUCAGGUACUGAUGGUGAUGAAUCCCUAAAUGCAAUUGAUAUACCUCCUCCUCGGCCAAAGAAGAAACCUCUCCAUCCAUACCCUCGUAAGAUGGCCGAUUCCCCUGUAACUAACAAGUCAGUUUCAGCUCAGCCUGAAAGGUCUCCUUCUCCAAAUGCAUCGAGAAGAGGUAGUUGUUCUCCAGAUUCAGUAUUGUCAGAAAUUGGUUCAGACGUUUCUGAAUAUCCAGUCGCUGAGCAGCAAAGCUCUCGCUUUUCGCCACGCUCUUGUACUACGGAUGCACACACUGCAAAUAUAAUUUCUGGACAGAAUGAUGAUGAAAGUAUGACGUCAAAGUCCAAUAUAGUAAAGGAAAUUCCUGUUGCAUCAAAACCAGUGGCUGCUAGUUCCAGCUCAAUUUUCAAUUCUGGCAUGGAAUGUGAUUUCGUUCCUAGGGAGACUUCAUGUCCUGGCGAAAAGGUAGCUGUUGAGGCACCUUUGGCAAAUAUCAAGCUGUUCGGGCAGAUGGUUCUUGUACCAGAUGCCACCAAACUUGCUUUGCAAUCUCCAGCAGGUAGCUGCAACUCAUUGCCAUCUAAAACCACAGAAGACGAAAUCGGGGCCAACUAUGGCAAUGUGAUUCAUGGAUUCCAAGCAAAUUCACAGUUUAUUCUUCCUGUGGUCCCUGGCAAUAUGAUUCCAUCAGCUUGUUGGUUAUCGCAAGAUAUGCUUGAAAACAAUCCAGAGGGUGUUGCUGCCUUCCCUACUACACUUCCUUGGUGGUCUUGGUACCAAGAUCUUGUAUAUCGGUAUAUCUCAUCGUGCAGCCAAACAGCUGCAGAGACUGCUACUCCUUGUCAGCGACCGAAAAAUGAAGAAGCUCAAAGAGAGGGAUCAUCAACCGGUUCAAGCACUGGCUCAGCUAGUGAAGUUGACGAUGGAAACAGGAGUUCUGAGACUGUUGAGUCAAAAUAUACAACCAAGAGCGACAAAUGGAACAACAGUAAGGGAUUUGUACCAUAUAAAAGAUGUUUAGCAGAGAGGGAUGGCAUGACAUCAGGGGUUGAAUUAGAAGAGAGAGAAUCACAAAGGGUCAGAGUGUGUUCAUAGCAUUCGGUACAGUUUCCUCUGUUAGCAAAUCCUCCUGACCAGCCAGAAGUUCUGUUGUUCUGCACGGUAUUUCUGUUUUAUUAACCAAUGCCUGUCAAGGAGUCUUAGGUCUGCAGAUUCAGGAGGUCUAAGUUUUUACAUCCAACACUGUCAUAUACUUUUUAAUUUCCUUUUGGCUUCCCACCCUAAUUUUUGAGUUGGACACGAAACUGUGCACAACUGAGUGGGUAAACAAAAUAUGUGCAGCUAUGAUUUUUUUUCUUUCCACUCAUGUAGCAGUUGUUCUGUAUUAUACUCUUAACUCUCUAAUUAAGUCACUUUUAUGCUAUCUAAAUGCAGCAGCUUCGUUUUGUUUUUCCUG